CUCAGAAAAAAAAGAAACAAGUCCAACUAAACGCCAGGCUAUUAAUACUCCUAACUAAACUCAAAUUCCCCAAAUAAAUCAUCAUAAGAUCAUCCCAAAAACCAUUUGCUUAGGAUAGAGUGUGGAGCAGGACAGGAUCAUCUGGUUAGUCGAGAAUAGUUUAAUCCUAGCAGGCGACGAAGAAACAGACAAACACAACACAAAUAUCGUAUCCACUCAACCGUAGGCAGGCAACAAAAAUAAACGCUAGCAUACCACUGUCAGAAGAGGAGCAACUGCAGCAGUGAGAGAAGAAGCGUUCGGUGACCAUACCGUCGAAUGAUGUUAGACAUUAAGAAGACCAGAGGAUUCCAUAAGAUUCCACAGGCAUCCAAAUUACAGCCAGCAAACGGAGCAGCGUCGGUAGUAGCAACAUCGGGAGCAAGUUCAACAGAAGUGCCAUUAGCAGGAGGAUCAGCAGGAGCAGGAGCAGUAGCAACAUCAUCGUUAUCGGGACGGGGUACUGGUACUAGUCUAGCCACUCGCCUGAGGAACCCAGUGCAGGGCAAACACUCGACAGUUCCUGGAAACUCGGUGGCUGUGGGCAAGACUCACGCCGCCCUGGCGGCAGCCAAAUACGGCGGAGGCGGCGGAGUUGCAACACAGGUCCGCUCCACGCCGGCGGCCACGACGAGCACUAGCCAAUCGAAUCCAGUGCGGGCGGCCAAUCAGCGCUAUUUCCUAGUGUCCAGCUACAAGGAUCCCACAUUCCUGAAGGCCGAAUGCGAAUUGGCCCAUGCCCAGGUGACAGCCAGCAAGGUGAAGACCACGUCGCAGGCGCACCGCCGGAGUCGAGCAGGUGAGGAUUCGAGAAACAACAACCACAGCAACAACGGUAGCCGGGCAUCAACGCUGGUUGAUAUGCGUCGCACGCCCAUGUUCAAUGGCAAUCAGCAACCAACCGCCACCAGCAGCAGCAGCACCACCAUCAACAACACCACCAGCAGGAACACCACCAGCAACGGAGUGCUCAAGUACAGUGCCCGCUCCACGGCAGCGACAGCAACAGCAGCAGCAACUUCCACGUCUACCAGGAGCUACGGCAAGCUGAGGCCGCUCAAUAACAACCAAUCGACCGGUGGAGUAGCUACGAUGAAUGGCCAUACCACCACCAACAAUAACAACAACAGCAGCAACAACCUCAACAACGGCGGCAAUAACAACAUGCAACGCCAGCAACAGCAACACGAUGACAUAAGCUACAUAGACAGUGAUGAGCCGCCGACCACCGGUGGUCCAGGUGGCCCAGGUAGCGGGGUAUCCGCCGGAGGAGCCACCAAGGCGAGCAUAUGCUACUUCAAACCCAUCACUCCGCCGCUGCCGCUGCGCCACCAGCAACAUCAGUUGCAGCACCAGGACCAGCAGCAGCAGCAACCCGGCAGUUCGAAGCCAGCCAGCCAUCGCUAUCCGCGACCCAAGUCCACCAUUAUAGCCUCGGCCCACUCGAAUUUCGCAGCCAGCUAUGAGAAGUUCAGUGGUGGUGGCCAUAGGCAUACCAACGGCGAGGUGAACCCAGAAAGCAGGAACAGCAGCAAUGCCCGGCGAUAUGGCAUUGAUUCGUUGAGUAUUAAGGCCUCCAUAGAGAAGUUCAACAAUCUCAGUGGGCAGAAGAGGCAAACUCCGAGCUCUGGGGCGGGAAUGGGAGCCGGCAGUGUUGCAGGGACAGGAUCGGGAGUUGCAGUGGGAGUGGGAGUCGGAGCCGGAGCCGGCACUAGUCGCAGCAAUCAUGCCUCCCAGGCAGGCGGGAGCAGUGGCAACCUGCAGCAGCGCUACAGCAGCGACCUGGACAACAUCCGAGUGGCGGCGGGCUACAGUAGUUCCCUGACCAGAGCAGCCUAUAGGACAACGGCUACAAUGAAUAGCGUUAGCACGGCGGUGGCGGCAACAUCCGUAUUGGGGGGUCCUAUAGGCGGAGGAGGAGCUGCCGUCACGGCAGUGGUAUCGCCCAUCAACAAGGUGUCGGUGCGGGGAGCCCACAGCGGCCGGCAGGCAAACGAAUGCGAGAGCCUGGCCACAAUCACCAAGGUAAACAACGAUGCAGCAGCAGCAGCAGCAACGCCCAAUGUUGCCAGUGCAACAGCAGCAACACCACAAACACCAGCCACGUCUUCCGUCUCCACAGCCACAGCCACAGUCACCGCCACAGCCUCAAGCUCCGCCAGUGAUAGUACGACGGCGCGAAGCGGCACUGGGAGCAUCAGCAGUGCCCGGAGCGUCCUGCCGCCCAUGACGCCCACUUCGAGUCGCUACUAUGAUCGGGAUCGGGACAGCGGCACCAGCCGCAGCAGCGUCAGCACCUCCUCCACCCUCAACUCGUCAUCACUGAAGCACAACUCGGAUGAUGGCUACAAGAGCGCCUCCUCGUCGCGGGAUGAGAAAUCGGAGGGUCUGUGCGGACUGCGAAACAUCGGGAACACUUGCUUCAUGAACUCGGUCAUCCAGUGCCUGAGCCACACCCAGGAGCUGACCCGCUUCCUGCGUUCGCACCAUGGCUCUCGCACGUCCUCCACCAAGGAUCAGCAGAUACUCCAUGAAUUUGCCAAACUCAUCCAGGAGAUGUGGACCUCGAACGUGCACACGGUGACGCCCAUGGAGCUGAAACGGGCCUUCUCCACCAAGCACCGCAUGUACAGCGACUAUAACCAACAGGAUGCGCAGGAGUUCCUGCGCUUCUUCCUCGACUCGCUGCACUCGGCCCUCAACUCGGGCGUCAAGGGUGAGACGCUCAGCAUUGACGAUAAUCUGAGUGACAAUAAGAAGGCGGACCUGACCUGGGAGUGGUAUACGCGGCACGAGAACUCGCUGGUCCGCGACCUCUUCGUGGGUCAGCUGAAGAGCACGCUGAAGUGCACCACCUGCGGCAACACCAGCGUUACCUUCGAUCCGUUCUGGGAUCUGAGCGUGCCGCUGCCAUCCUCGUCGCGCUGCAAACUGGAGGCCUGCCUCGACCUCUUUAUCCGCGAGGAGGUCCUUGACGGCGACGAGAUGCCCACGUGCGCCAAGUGCAAAACGCGGCGGAAAUGCACCAAGAGCUUCACCAUACAGCGUUUCCCAAAAUACCUGGUUAUACACCUAAAACGCUUUUCGGAAACGCGCUGGAGCAAGCUGUCGAAUAUCGUUGAGUUCCCCACAUCGGAUAGCGAGCUCAACAUGGGCUCCUAUGGCGCCAACUCCAACUCGAAUGUGCAUUACUCGCUCUAUGCGAUAUCCAAUCAUAUGGGCUCAACGGCUGGCGGUCAUUAUGUGGCACUCUGCAAGCAUCCCGUCUCCCGCAAGUGGCACGAGUUCAAUGAUAAUAUCGUCAGCGAUGCCUUGUCCGAAAACCAUCUCGUUUCAUCCAGUGCCUAUAUACUUUUCUACGAGCGUGCGUAAGACCUAAUCCGUGCGCUACGGCCACCGUAAAGAGUUGUAGUUAGUUUUGCUUUGCUUUUAAAUUGAGUUGAAGUAAGUAAAUUGGAAUACAUGCAGUAA